AUGUCGAAGAGCGCUUCUUCAGGGGGCACAAAGAAGUUCUCUGUCAAACCUAAACCGCCGCCUUCGCCGACCGUACAGGAGCUUAUUGUCCGACCAUCGAAUACUGGGGCACAAAAUGGUGGCAAAAUCUAUUUAGAUUUAGAAACGAUUCGUGCGCUGGGGCUCGAGGCCGGAGCCUGUGCUUCUGUCGGAAGAUCUGUCUUCGUGACAGGGACGAUCACCCCGACGUCGUGUGAUCUUGAUGUCGUAGAGAUCCCGCAGGAGCUUCGACGGCUUUCGGGGCUCGUUGCCGGAGACAGAGUCACUGUCAAGCCAGCCCCUCGCCCUGAUCCCGCCGGAACCGUUUUUGUGUUUGCUGAAACGCCCAAAGAAAAGGUAGCGAAACUCUUGAAAUCAGUGGGAAUUGUUCAGACUGGUUUGGUUAUAGACGGAAUUGAAAUCGUUGGUGCCGUAAAGGAGAAGACGGUUGACGAUAUACAGUCCCUCGCGCUUUCGUCAACAAAAAACUUGCCCCUUACCAUCACAGAUUCGACAAAGAUUGUUAAAGUCGACAACGGCUUACCCAAGUCAUCAAAGUACGUCGGAUACAGCUCCAUUGGUGGCCUUAAGGAAGAGCUGAAGUUGCUCCGUUCCAAAAUCGAGCUGCCGCUUAACCGACCAGAGCUUUUUGAAAGGUUCCAAACACCACCUGAGCGGGGGUUCUUAUUGUAUGGACCUCCAGGUACAGGUAAAACCUUGCUUCUCAAAGCGAUUGCCAACGAGACAGACAACCAUAUCUUGCGAGUGAACGGCCCCGCUAUCUAUUCAAAAUAUCUUGGCGAGACCGAAUCGGCGCUACGGAGUAUUUUUGAUGAGGCAGAGAGGUUCGCUCCAGCCAUUGUUUUCAUUGAUGAAAUCGAUGCGCUAGCCCCUAAACGUGACAGCGACGAGUCGGGCGAAACUGAAAGCCGAGUGGUAGCUACCUUGUUGACAUUAAUGGACGGUAUGAAUGCUGGAGGAAGAGUGGUGAUUGUUGGUGCUACUAACCGGCCAAAUAAUAUAGACCCUGCUCUGCGGAGGCCAGGAAGGUUUGGCCAGGAAAUCGAGGUUGGCAUCCCGAGUGCACAAGCGAGGCAAGAAAUCUUGCAAAUACUCUUGUCGGCGAUACCACAUCAUCUGACUCCCCUAGAUAUCGAACAGAUUGCCAGUAAAACGCAUGGAUACGUGGGGGCAGAUUUACAGGCUUUAAGUAACGAUGCUGUUAUGUGUGCCAUCCAAGGCGGUCUUCAGGCUAACAAGGCCAUAGACGAUAUGUUUCUUGAGCGAGAUGAUGUUGAGAAAGCUUUGGUACAUAUAAGGCCCUCUGCUAUGCGCGAAGUUUUUUUGGAGACUCCCAAAGUAUUCUGGUCUGAUAUUGGCGGCCAAGCAGAUAUUAUAAGAAGACUCAAAGAAGCUGUUGAGUGGCCGUUGACACAAAAGGAAUCUUUUGAGAGACUGGGUAUUGUACCACCUCGAGGAGUUCUCUUGUAUGGACCACCCGGAUGCUCUAAAACCUUACUCGCAAAGGCUCUAGCUACUGAGACUGGACUCAAUUUCCUGGCUGUAAAAGGACCAGAGCUUUUUAAUAAGUUCGUGGGGGAAUCCGAACGAGCCGUGCGCGAGAUUUUCCGGAAAGCAAGAGCUGCGGCUCCGAGUAUUAUUUUCUUUGAUGAGAUAGAUGCCUUGACCACGGCAAGAGGCGAGUCUGAGGCGGGCGGGGACCGGGUUUUGACCUCUUUACUGAACGAAAUGGAUGGAAUUGAGAGUUUGAAUGGGGUAGUGAUUUUGGCUGCCACCAACCGCCCGGACGUCAUUGACUCCGCGUUAAUGCGCCCAGGUAGAUUGGAUCGCUUAGUCUAUGUGCGACCCCCAGAUAGGGAUGCACGCCGGCAAAUACUGCUGAUACAAUUCGCAAAGAUGGCUCUGGAUGACUCUGUGAAUCUGGAGGAGCUUGCGGAUGCCACAGAGGGCUGCUCGGGAGCAGAAGUCGUUAGCAUUUGCCAGGAGGCUGGUAUACUUGCAAUGAACGAAUCCGUUGAUAUUGCUGCAAUCCGUCGCGAUCAUUUCUUGGCUGCGUUGAGUGGUCUUCGCAAAAAUAUUACCGCCAGCAUGCUCGAAUAUUUCGAAAAUUUUGACACUGGCAGGCUUUGA